AGCGAUUUUUGGCUCAAGCCGUCUCAGGCUCGAAGAGGGAGCAGGACCUCGCGGGAGGUCUCGCGCAAGCGCUGCUCCGAGCGUUUGCCAAUGGCCGCCAUGCUCUGCGGGCGGGUGGGCGGCGCCUGCUGUGCCGGCGAGGAGGAUGCCUCUGCGCUCGCGGGGCUGCACCAGGAACGAGCCGCUUCGGAGGCCGCGCACGCGGCGUACCUGGCCAAGCACGCCGCCUUCUGGGUCGAAGAUGCCUAUCGGAUGAUGGGCGCGGACCCGUGCUGCGGCCUGAAGGCUGCCGAUAUCGUCGUCGGUCAGGUUGUGGGCAGGUCCGAGGAGGACCGUCGUGCUCGGAAGGCCAGAAGAGUCUGUGUCACGGUUCACCGGGACAGUGUCAAUGAUUCACUGGGCAUCCAUGUGAAGCACGUGAAUAGACAGUUGGUGCUCGUGGGCAUCAGGUCGGACGGCGCCUUGCACCGCUCCUCGGCCCAGAGCAAGGAGCGUGGAGGUGACACGCUGGAAGCCGGGGACAUCAUCGUCCAGAUCAACGAUGUUCUGGACGACGAUGCCGCUAUGGUGCAGGAGUGCAAGGACAGGGCAACUCUUGUCAUCCACGCAUUGCGACAUGUCGCCUGAGUUGGCCAGUGUCUCAUUGGGAGGUCAGGCGAACAUGGCAUGCAGGGUCUUGGGAUUCUGUCAUUUUUCCCUCGCCUCUUCCCUUCAGAACUGGCACCUGUAGAGUUCUUUGCCAGCGUUGUGCUGGUCACGUAGGUACAGAUGUUGCCACGUGGCCCGCUUGAUGCUAACAAGGGCUUGCCGUGAUAGUUGUUCAGCGGAGUGGUGCCUCUUUUUUCCAUGUGCACGCAUUUCGUGGUUGCCCGUUCCUAAGUGUACGAGUAGCUCUUGUUCUUCUUUGGGAGUAUACUCCGUAAGCAAUCAGAGUUGACAGAGCAAUCACCGCGCCCUGCCUCGUCUUUUGUCAGAUGAUCGACGCUGGCUGGGCUCUCUGCUCUGGUGUCAUAUUGCGUACGCGCUCGUGCAUGCUACUUGCCUGGGCUGAAGAACUGCGUAAACGCGCAGGCUUCGCCGCGUGACUGUGAACUUCCAAUUCACAAACAGAUGGGUCCGACCGCGCCUGACCGCCCUUUGCUUCGCACCUUCGGGGCCCUUGUCCGUCCUACGAAUUCCAUGUUUUUCGUCGUGCUCGACGCGGAUGCGGCGCGCAUGCGACGCGCAUCCGACGCGGACUUGACGUGGAUCCGACGCGGAGUCGACACGCUCGCCACGG